AUGCGAUCGGAACGUUACAACGGUGGUGCAACCUCGUCGCCAAAGCGAAGGAUGCACGUAGUAGGCAAUGGGAAAACACAUCAACAGCAUCAUGUACAUCCAAAUCAUCGACAGCAUCACCAUAGCCAACACGCGGCAGGUAGCAUUCACCGAGAAACGGACGCGGACUUACCAACCAUGACCGAACUACCACCAUCCAGCGGAUCCUUUCUACACAUAUCAAUCAUCAAGCUGGCCAUUGGGAGCCGUCUGUUCGUGAUAGUGCUACAGCUCGUCGCUAACUUACUGCUGCCGGAUCACGAAGCGGGAGUGUUUGUGGCACCGCACGAUAAAGACGCGCCCGAACGACCGCUAGAUGCCGUGGUACGCUUCACACUGGGCGGGCUGAACCGCUGGGAUGGACAAUACUUUCUGCACAUUGCCGAGCAUGGCUACACGUACGAAAAUGCGCUCGCUUUCUUCCCACUGUUUCCGUUCAUACUGAAGAUAGUGAGCAGUGCGCUGAGUAGCUACGAAGUGGUCACGUUCGUCAGCUACCGGGAGCUUUCGCUGCUGUUGGCGGUACUGCUGAAUGUGGUCUGCUUUGCCGGUGCGGCCAAAGCGCUCUACCGACUUAGCAAGCACGUGCUCGGCAGCCAGAAGAAGGCGGAAAUAGCGGUCCUGCUGUUCUGUUUCAAUCCCGCCUCCAUCUUUUUUACCGCGCCGUACACCGAAAGUCUGUACGCGUGGCUUUCCUUCGCCGUAAUGUACCAGUGCAUGGAGGACGUGACGUCGAUCUUUCUGACCAUCCCGCUAAGCCUUUCGAUCCUGUGCCGUUCGAACGGUAUGUUCAACAUCGGUUUCGUGCUUUACUUCGUCGUACGUCGUAUCGUCGCCCAGUACAACUUUCACAACAUUAUUUGCAUCUGCUCGCGGCUCUUCUCGAUGCUGAUCAUCGUGCUGUUUCACUACGGCAUCGCCCAGGUGUACAACUACUACCUGUUUUGCUUCGUGCAGAAGUUUAACUUCCCUGACCAUGUGCGCGAGUAUGCGGUGGAGCACGGACUCGUACUAGCCGGCAAUAAAACGGACGAUUCGUCACCUUGGUGCACGAAUUUGCUGCCCCUGUCGUAUUCGUACGUGCAGAGCCAAUACUGGAACGUGGGCUUUCUGCGCUACUACGAGCUGAAACAGCUGCCAAACUUCCUGCUGGCACUGCCGGCCAUUUAUCUCGUGCUGAGCAACUCGUACCAGUACCUUUGCGAACAUUGGGAUUACGCCGUACGCUUAGGUUUGUUCCGGCUGACCAAGAAGCAGCACAAACUGAUGCGCCCAUACGACCGGUUUGCCCUGGUGUUCGUGAUCCAUGCGCUCGUACUGACCAUCUUUUCGUUGCUGUUCGUUCACGUGCAAGUUACCACUCGGCUGCUGUGCGCUGCCAGUCCGGUACUGUACUGGUAUACGGCCGAAUAUUUUACCGGCGAACGAGCGUUUAUUAAGCGGCAAGUGAUCCGGAAGCUUUCGAAGCAGGUCAAGGAUGGGGAAGAAAACAGCUGCACCCACGUGCUGAAUCACAUCGAGUUGAGCGAUCUGCUUGACUUUCGCUGGAUGAAUGGACGGCAGCAAGCAAUUCUGGUGUACUUUUUCGGGUACACCGUGGUGGGAACGGUGCUGUUUAGCAACUUCUAUCCAUGGACCUAG